UGGUAGUCAUAAUUAGUUGGUUAUGCGCGCUCGUAGAUAUAGAACUUGGCAUGGAACGCUUCGAUUGUUUUCAUCGAAUCUAGGAUCUGUCUGUACGAAAACUCAACACCAAAGUGAAUUAUUGCCUGGAAAAAGAAGAACAGUGUUUAACGAUAUAAUCGUGCAAUUAACUACAACCGAUAGUAUUCUCUCUUAAUUUUGUUAAAGUGAACGAGUGUAAAAAAUAUUACAAAAUGAACGAAGUGAAUUAUUUCAUGAAUGUCACUGGUCCCGAGCACUGGAUAAUCUUUGACUUUGAAACAACUGACUUUAUCUGGAACGUUCUGAUAUGGAUGAGGAAUUAUUGGUGGAAGUGCUUUUACUAUACUGCUAUUUAUUUAGUCGUCAUUUUCACAGGGAAGCUUUAUAUGUCAAAUAGACCAAAGUUUGAUCUGAGAAGUGCACUCGCAUUAUGGAGCGGAUUGCUUGCGAUAUUCUCCAUUAUAGGAACUAUAAGAACAAUGCCAGAAUUGUUUCACAUAUUAUACAAUCACGGAUUUUACUAUAGUAUUUGUUCGAACAGUUACUAUACUCAUGAUCAUGUGUGUGCUUUCUGGUCAAGCUUGUUCGCCUUAUCAAAGAUCGUAGAACUUGGCGAUACUGUCUUCAUUGUGUUACGAAAGCAGCCAUUAAUAUUUCUACAUUGGUACCAUCAUAUAACGGUUAUCUAUUUCACAUGGUACUCUUAUGCGCUACUCAUGGGAACAUCCAGAUGGUAUAUCGUGAUGAAUUACUUUGUCCAUUCCUGGAUGUACUCUUACUAUGCUCUUAAAGCAAUGGAAAUCAAACCACCAAGAUUCAUCGCCAUGAUGAUUACUACGAUGCAGCUAGUGCAAAUGGUUGUAGGUUUCUUUGUAACUGGCGCGGCUUACUAUUAUAUAAAGAUUGGCGAGAAAGAAUGCCACGCUACGACUUUCAACGCCGCUUGCGGUUUGCUCAUGUACUUCAGUUACUUCGUUCUAUUCGCUAUGUACUUUUACAAGACCUAUCUGUCUGGUAAUAGCAGGACGAAAGUCGAAUAGGAAUACCAUA